CCAGACAAGUUACAAGUUACCAGACAAGAACUCCAAAAGAUUGUGACCUUUUGUUGUUGGAGCACAGUAAACAGUUUUCUUCAGACCAACAAGGACUAAAAGGACAUUAGUUUUUCCCUUCAUGGAAAACUAUUAAUAUUUUUGGACAAGCUCUACAGAAACAGGUGAGUUGUCUGAGCAUCCACAAUGUCUUGGGGGGCACUCUAUGCCCAGCUGGGCGGUGUCAACAAACACUCCACCAGUCUAGGAAAGAUUUGGCUCUCUGUCCUUUUCAUCUUUCGCAUCACAAUCCUGGUUCUGGCUGCUGAGAGCGUCUGGGGUGACGAGCAGUCAGACUUCACGUGCAACACGCAACAGCCCGGCUGCAAGAACGUUUGCUAUGACCACUUCUUCCCAGUGUCACAUAUCCGUUUGUGGUGCUUGCAACUGAUCUUUGUAUCCACCCCAGCCCUGCUUGUGGCCAUGCACGUUGCCUACAGGAAACGUGGGGACAAGAGGACCAUGCUGGCCUCCAACGGCACAGAGAAAACGUCAGAUACUGAUCUGGAGACAUUGAAGAAGAGGCGUCUGCCAAUCACAGGCCCGUUGUGGUGGACAUACACCUGCAGCUUGUUCUUCAGGCUCAUCUUUGAGGGCGGUUUCAUGUAUGCACUGUACUUCGUUUAUGACGGCUUCCAGAUGCCCCGGUUGGUGAAGUGCGAGCAGUGGCCUUGUCCCAACAAGGUGGACUGCUUCAUCUCCAGGCCAACGGAGAAGACCGUCUUCACCAUCUUCAUGGUAUCCUCAUCAAUCAUCUGCAUGGUGCUUAACGUGGCCGAGCUGUGCUACCUCAUUGUCAAGGCUCUCCUGAGGUGCUCGAGCCGUAACCAGAGGAAACACCCAUACAGCAACAGGGACAGUGUGAGGGAUAAUUCCCUUAUGCAGAACAAGAAGAACGAGAUGCUGCUGUCUUCUUCUACAGAUUCAUCAAGCAACAAGACCAUGUGUUGAAGGAUCGGCCUAUAGUGGUCCAGUAGCACCAGAGAAGGAGGAAAGCGUAAACUGUAAAUCCAACCACACAUGGUCAUAGUUUGUGUCUACAGUUUGGCAAUUAGGCUCUUAACCCAAGCAUCCACCUGAAAUAGUCUCAUGGCACGAUGAAAGAGAUUCUGAGACUAUGGGAACUUGGAAUUACAAUAAAAGUAAAUAGUUUGGCUUCUGUAGUUGGAAUGACCUGCUUUCACAUCCAUUUCUAGGGAAAUCACUUUAUAAUAUACAUAUUUGACUUGAGGAAAGUGGAAGGAAUGAAUGAAGGAAUGUUUUCUUACAUAUGGCCUUAAAUUUGCCACUAAAGGCAAUAAAAGAUUCUUUGGUUGUGCAAAAAAUCCAAAGUUAUGAAUCAUACAGCAAUAGCCUAUAAUUAUAAAUCUAGUUGAAUUCACACCAGUGAGUGUGAAUUUGAGAGCCUUUGUAUUCCCAAAAUGCCUUCAGGUAGAACAGAACAUUUUUCAUACAUGAUAGCAUCUUUAAACCAUAAGUAUCACAAGUGCCACCUUACUUUUCAUACUGUGGAUGAUUGAUAGACAUUGAAGGAGCUUUUUUCUUAAUUUAUUGAUUCUAGUUUGAAGUUGCCUGAAUGUGUAGUUCAUUGCAUGAGUGCCUGGAGAAGAGUUAGUCUACACUGACAUCUAGUGGUUCACAGUGGAACCCCUUUAGAGCACAAACUCCUUCCUAAAAGCUAGGAAGAUUUAUUUCAAGUUGAAGAGAAGGAACAAGAACAAAUGAAGUCAUGAAAGUUGAAGGAUAAAAGAGGUCUGGGUGCCUUUGAGAUUAUGUUUUAGUGUUUAGUUUACAAUAGCUGGCAUUUUUUAUUUUAAUAUGUGGUUGAAGUUAUGUUGUGCAAAGCGGCUAUGAGUUGUUGUUUUUUAUUUAACAUAUCUGUGUUGAAUUGUGUGACUGUAGCUAGAUAUUAAGUUCUAAAAUCAAUACAACUUUCUAUAAAUAAUGCUAGAAUAUAUUUUUGAUGUGUUUUAUCAGCCUAUUACUGAGAAUUGGAUUGCACAGAACAAGAUUUUGCUGAUAAUUAAUAUAUAACAAAAAAAACGUACCUAGCUACUACACUGCAGUAGUUUUAUAGUUGAGAUGCUGCAUGUCUUUGCUGUUCAAUUAAAUCAGAAUGUCUUUUGUCUUUCACAUGAACUGAAAGUGUUUGAUUUUGAAGUGUGCCAUUAAUCUAGACACAUGUAAAAACAGUGAGGUGUUACACAUAAUCUGCAAAUUAAACUGUCAAAAAAAAACAAAUAUACAGAAAGUUAUUUUAGAGUUUGAUGAAUAUGUUUUAUGUUUCUGAACAUCUGUCAGGCUUGUGGUGUGUUACAGAUAUGAAUGAAAGGGUGUAGUGUAUUUUUAACAAUGUGUUUCUGGCAUGUCAUUUUGAAUUUUGUAACAUUUGUGUUUGCCUCUUGAUGCUUUUAGCUCACUCCUCAGUAUCUAGAAGCUGUCCUGUUCAGUUCUGCCCUGCUCCUGUGUUAUUUUGACUUGUGUUGUUGUGGUGUGUGCUGACCCCAGCUGGCUGUAUCAGCUUUCAGCAUGUGCCUUAUUUUAGCCACCGCACUAAUCACAGCUCGCCCUCUUAAUGUGAGGAACCACGGCCGAUCUCUUUGUUCUGCCUCCAUCCAGGAAUAGCUGAGCUGGAUUAGUCUCAUCUGUGUUCUCUUUGGAGAAAAAAAUAGUCACCUUUUGUGAACAGAGAGCAGAGAUUUGGUGACUGGAACAUGUUAGAAAGACAGAUGUGAGACAAGUUGGGAAAUCAAUUAGAUGUAUCGGUUCCUACAUGUAUAAAGAGAAAAUCUGGAUGAGAUGUAUGUUUGCAUUAUGGAACUGAUGUCAGUGAUGAAGUUAUGUGACUGAAGUAUAACACUGGCAUGUUUCAGGGGGUGAAAAAGGUUUCUGACCAAAGAGGAAGAAACAUACAUUAUCACAGAGCACAAGCACUCUAAAGUUGUCUGUAUGAAGAUUUGAGCACAAAUUUAGAUUUUCUUGUUUUGUAAUGCAAUUCUUCUCCUUUGACCUUUGACCUCUUACUUUCUGUAACAGCAAAAUGACAUUUUGAUACUAAACUUGUGAUAGCGCCGUUGUGUAAUAAUGAACAUUGUUUUUAAGGGACGAGCCUGAUCUUUCCAGUCCCGCGUUGUAACAUUUGAGGGUUAGCAGCCUGCUUCUAACAGCAGACAACAGAUGGACACACAGCUUCCUAAACAAAAAAAAAGAGAAAGAAGUAAUUCUAUGUUUGUGAUUAUUGUGUUUUGUAUUUGAGAUGUUUUUACUACAUUCACACUUUGAUGCUUAAAGUCUUUUUGCUGUUUAAGACUUUUUUCGCCCCAUAAAUCAGUAAA